AUGGCUAGAGUUAAAAUGAAACGGAAUUUAAAAAGUAUAUUGAAAUAUUUCAUUUUCAUUUUGACCACUGUCUUUUUAACAAUUGUAAUUUUUAAAUUGUUCAAACAAUUUGACCAACAUAAUAAUAAUAAUAAUAAUAACGAUGAUGUACAAUUGGAAAAGGUUUUCGCCAGGAAACAGUUAUAUUCAAAUCAAACUAAUAAGAUUGACUGGCACGAUUGGGAAUUUAUUAAUUUGGAAAAACAACGGACCGGUAAAAUUUUUCAUUAUUGAAUACCUCUAUUUUAUGUUAUCAUAUUAAAUUGACACUACCAAAUUGCUAAUAUAACCAUUAUUACCUCUACUACAUGUCAUUGUUUAAUAUUAAAUCAUAUUAGGUAUUGGUGAACAAGGAGUUAGUGUUUCACUCACUUCGUUCAAUCAACAUAAAUAUGAUGAAUUAUAUAAAGUAAAUGGAUUCAAUGGUUUGUUAAGUGACAGCAUUUCUGUUAAUCGUUCAAUACCAGACAUACGACACAAAUUGUAAUUUGUUAUCUAAGUAUAAAACCAUUUAUAAUACAUUUAUAAUGAUUUAGAUAUUUAAUAGUCAUAUUACUUUACAGAUGCCGUUUUAAAAAGUACAAUAGCAAUCUACCUGAUGUGAGUGUAAUUGUACCUUUUCAUAAUGAACAUUUGUCAACACUUCUUAGAACUGUAUAUAGUGUCUUGAAUCGUUCUCCUAAAAAUCUACUUAAAGAAAUAAUUUUAGUCGAUGAUUCAAGUACAAAAGGUAUUUUAAUUUUUUUUUUUUUAACUAUAAGCUUCUUAAUUAUAUAGUGAAUUAUAGUAAUUAACAAUAUUACUUAUAAAUAAUUAAUAUUAUUCAUAUUUUAUAUUUUUAAUUAUAUUUAUCAUGCACUUUAAGUUAUUGAUAUUUUCUAGUUAAUUUAAAGAAAUCAUUGGAUAAAUAUUUAUCAAUAAAUUUAGCUGAUAGAGUUAAAAUUAUCCACUUAAAAAAGAGACAAGGUUUAAUUAGAGCACGUUUGGCUGGUGCUAAAAAAGCUACUAGUGAAGUAUUAAUAUUUUUAGAUUCCCACACUGAAGCGAAUGUUAACUGGUUACCCCCACUUUUAGGUAAGCCAUAUUUUAAUUAAUUUGUAUUCAUAUAAAAUAAAUUUCAUUUAUUUCUAUAUACACGGUUCUGAAUUUCAGAACCAAUUACUGAAGAUUACAGAACUUGUGUAUGUCCAUUCAUUGAUGUCAUUGCUUAUGAAACAUUUCAGUAUCGAGCGCAAGAUGAAGGUGCUAGAGGUGCUUUUGAUUGGGAAUUUUUUUAUAAAAGACUACCACUUUUACCAGAUGAUCUUUUACAUCCUACUAGGCCAUUUCGGUAAUAGUUAAAUAAGUACAUAAAUAACUAAUGGUAUAAAUGUAUAAUACAUAUUUUCCGCUCUUAACCUAAACCUUACACACCAAUGUAAUAGUUUUGAGAAAUUUAAUCUGAUUGCCCUGGAAUUUAAUUAUGUCACUAAUAUAAGAACAGCUUUCUACUUUUUGGAGUGUAUGGCUCUUAAGCUGAAAAUAUUUAUAUUUCCAUAAUUUAUAGGAGUCCUGUCAUGGCAGGUGGUUUGUUUGCUAUAUCAGCAAAAUGGUUUUGGGAACUUGGUGGCUAUGAUCCAGGUUUAGAUAUAUGGGGUGGAGAACAAUAUGAAUUAUCAUUUAAAAUAUGGCAAUGUGGUGGUACUAUUUUAGAUGCACCAUGUUCAAGAGUAGGACAUAUAUAUAGAAAAUUUGCUCCGUUUCCUAACCCUGGAAUUGGAGAUUUUGUUGGAAAGGUGAAUAUUAUAUUGUUUUAUUGUAUUAUUUAAUAUGUAAUUUAAAAUGAAAAAGGCAUGUAAAUGUACUAAAACUUAUCAUUCUCUCAUUAAUUAAAAAUUAUAAUAAAAUGUGAUCUUAAUUAUUUAAUUUUGUUGACUUUUUAAAUUAGUACAAUAACUACAAUGAUUCAUUCUAUAGAAUAUAGUCAUUUCUUAAAAUUAAUUUUGUAUAAAGCAAAAAUCUAUCAAUUAUAGAUAAAUUGUAUACCUACAUAACAUUUAAUGGAUGUUAUAUUUACAAUAACUGUUUUUAAAAUGUAAAAAUUAAUUUGUAUCCUUUUACACCAUUAUUAAUAUAUUUAUAAUUAAAUAGUGAAUAGUAAAAGCUAUUUUUUUAAUCAAAGGCUAUAAAAUUAUCUUAUAGAACUAUCGUCGUGUGGCAGAAGUAUGGAUGGAUGAAUAUGCUGAGUAUCUAUAUCGACGUAGACCACAUUACAGAGACAUCAAUACUGGAGAUAUAACUAAGCAGAAAGAAAUAAGGGAAAAACUUAAAUGUAAACCAUUCAAAUGGUUCAUGCAAAAAGUUGCAUUUGAUUUAGUAAAAAAAUAUCCUCCUAUUGAACCACCAGAUAUUUCCAAUGGAAAGGUAAAUGACAGUACAAAAGUAUAUAUUGAUACACAAUUUAUUAAUAUAAAUAAAUAUGAUUCAAAAUUAUUAUACUAAAAAUUUAAUAAAAUUCUACAUCUGAUUUCUAAAAUUAUGUUGAAUUUUAGAUAAGAAGUUUUAUUGCUCCAGAAUUAUGUUUAGAUGCUUCAGCAGCAAAUAAACUUGAUUUAAAAGAAUGUGUAGAUGGCAAUGAAAAUCAAGUAUUAAUUAAAAUAUAUUUUGAUUAUGAAAUACAUCAAAUAUUUGUUUGUAUGUUUUUUUUUUUUAGAUAUUUAUAAUAACCUGGAGAAAUGAUAUUAAAACGCAAAAUAAUAUGUGUUUGGACAUAAAUGAUUCAUCAGUUAAAGCCAAAAUUACCUUAUACAGUUGUCAUAAUGGAGGAGGAAAUCAGUUAUGGCAUUAUGAUCAUGUAUAUUUAUUAGUUUUACUGUGUAUAUAUUUUUAAAUUUUAAUAAUCAAUUUAUUAAAAUUUUACAGAAAAAAAAGGUACUAGUACAAGGCAAUAAUCCUAGAUGUAUGGAACAUAACAUCAGUGCCAGAAAAGCAUAUGUAACUCAAUGCAAACCAGAAAACGAGGAUCAAAAAUGGAUAAUAGAGAAUUUUAAUACAAAAGCAUCAACGUGGUCAUUAACAUAUUAA